GUCCCACAGACUCGAGUACUGAUCCUGAGGCCGCUGCGGUCGUGCAUUCAGGUCCUAGAGAGACGGUCUAGUCUGUCCGGGUCCCACUGACCUGGGUGGUGGAGCUAUGUUCGUCCAGAACAGGAGUGGCCUGGGCCGGGCGUCGGCCGGGGGCUGAGGACCGGACGGCAAGGCCGCGGCCCUAAGAAGGGAGAGACCCGAGAAAAGCGAAGCCGAGCCACUGGGGUGAGGCAGUGCGGUAAUUUGCCAAAAUGACCAACACAAAGGGAAAGAGGAGAGGUACCCGGUACAUGUUCUCUAGGCCUUUUAGAAAACAUGGAGUUGUUCCUUUGGCCACAUACAUGCGAAUCUACAAGAAAGGUGAUAUUGUGGACAUCAAGGGAAUGGGCACUGUUCAAAAGGGAAUGCCCCACAAAUGUUACCAUGGCAAAACUGGAAGAGUCUACAAUGUUACUCAGCAUGCUGUUGGUAUUGUUGUAAACAAACAAGUAAAGGGCAAGAUUCUUGCCAAGAGAAUUAAUGUCCGCAUUGAGCAUAUUAAACAUUCAAAGAGCCGAGAUAGCUUCCUGAAGCGUGUAAAGGAAAAUGAUCAGAAAAAGAAGGAAGCCAAAGAGAAAGGUACUUGGGUUCAGCUGAAGCGUCAGCCUGCUCCACCCAGAGAAGCACAUUUUGUGAGAACCAAUGGAAAAGAGCCCGAACUGCUGGAACCCAUUCCCUAUGAAUUCAUGGCAUGAUAAAUAAAAAGAAAAUAAAAGACCUCAAGACUGUAAAA